UUUUCUUUCCACCCAAGACUUCGAGCCCGAGAAAGCCAUGGACUGGAAAAUGCUUCCCGCGUGUUUGCUGCUACUCAUUUCUCUCUUCUGGGUUCAACAAGCUGCUUCUCAAGAUUUGUCGAGCUGUGCAGGGAGAUGUGGGGAAGGGUACUCUAGAGACGCCCCCUGCAACUGUGACUUUAAUUGCCAACACUACAUGGAGUGCUGUCCGGACUUCAAGAAAGUCUGCACUGUCGAGGUUUCCUGCAAGGGCCGCUGCUUCGAGUCCUUCGCCCGCGGCCGGGAGUGCGACUGCGACGCGCAGUGCAAGAGAUUCGGCAAGUGCUGCCCCGACUACGCUGACUUCUGCGAGGAAGUGCAUAACCCCACCACAUCGCCGCCCCCCAAGACGCCGCCGCCGGAAACGCCUCCCAUCGUCAAAUCCAAACGCUCACCCAAAACGCCCAAGAAGAAGACUAAGAAAGUGCUAGAAUCAGAGGAGAUAUUGGAAGAACAUUCUGUUUCUGAAAACCAGGAGUCCUCCUCCUCCUCUUCCUCUUCCUCUUCAACUAUUCGGAAAGUCAAGUCUUCCAAAAAUUCAGCCGCUAAUAGAGAAUUACAGAAGAACCCCAAAGCCGAAAAGAAAACCCCCGAGAAGAAGCCGCCUCCGGAGCAGCCCACCGGAGACGAAGCCGGCAGCGGGCUGGACAAUGCCCCCCCAACUCCUGGCAAAGUGACGCCCCCCGCCCCCAAGACCACGGCGGCGAAGCCGGUAGAUGCCAAACCCACCCCCCCACCUGAGGCAGCCGAGGAAAUGUCCUUGUCGGAGACCAAGGUGGAGACGGAAGAGAAGUCGAUGGCCAAGAAGGAGACGUCGGUCAGCAAGACAGAGAAGAAGAAGACGUCCGCCAAGGAGACGCGGAGCGCGGACAAGGCCCCGGACGCCCCCACGGAGCCUGCGCCCGAGGCUGGGACCACAGCCAAGCCCCCUGCACCCACCACCCCCAAAGAGCCGGAACCCACCACCCCCAAGAAACCAGAACCUAUAACCCCCAAAGAACCAGAACCAACAACCCCCAAAGAACCAGAACCCACAACACCCAAAGAACCAGAACCAACAACCCCCAAAGAACCAGAACCCACAACACCCAAAGAACCAGAACCAACAACCCCCAAAGAACCAGAACCAACAACCCCCAAAGAACCAGAACCCACAACACCCAAAGAACCAGAACCAACAACCCCCAAAGAACCAGAACCCACAACACCCAAAGAACCAGAACCAACAACCCCCAAAGAACCAGAACCAACAACCCCCAAAGAACCAGAACCCACAACACCCAAAGAACCAGAACCAACAACCCCCAAAGAACCAGAACCCACAACACCCAAAGAACCAGAACCCACAACCCCCAAAGAACCAGAACCAACAACUCCUAAAGAACCAGAACCCACAACCCCCAAAGAACCAGAACCCACAACCCCUAAAAAACCAGAACCAACAACUCCUAAAGAACCAGAACCUACAACCCCCAAAAAACCAGAACCAACAACCCCCAAAGAACCAGAACCAACAACUCCCAAAGAACCAGAACCAACAACUCCCAAAGAACCAGAACCAACAACCCCUAAAGAACCAGAACCAACAACCCCCAAAGAACCAGAACACACAACCCCCAAAGAACCAGAACCCACAACUCCUAAAGAACCAGAACCAACAACCCCUAAAGAACCAGAGCCAACAACCCCCAAAGAACCAGAACCCACAACACCCAAAGAACCAGAACCCACAACACCCAAAGAACCAGAACCCACAACACCCAAAGAACCAGAGCCAACAACCCCCAAAGAACCAGAACCCACAACCCCCAAAGAACCAGAACCCACAACCCCCAAAGAACCAGAACCCACAACCCCCAAAGAACCAGAACCCACAACCCCCAAAGAACCAGAACCCACAACCCCUAAAGAACCAGAACCUACAACACCCAAAGAACCAGAACCCACAACCCCCAAAGAACCAGAACCCACAACCCCUAAAAAACCAGAACCCACAACCCCUAAAAAACCAGAACCAACAACUCCUAAAGAACCAGAACCUACAACCCCCAAAGAACCAGAACCCACCACCCCCUCCCCAGCUGCCCCUACCCCAAAGAGCCCCCCGGAGCCGACCGAGGCUGUGGACAAGCCUGAGGACCCCAUGGCUGCACCCAAAGACCCAGCCGACGAGCCAGAGACCACGACACUGAAGCCCAAGAAGCCCACCAGGGCCCCCCGGAAGCCGUCCACCAGGAAGCCCAGCACCAAGAAGUCCAGGGGGAGGCCGAAGACCACCCCCGCUGCCGUGGAGACCACCACCGCCAGCACCACCCAGGCCAAGCUGCCCACCACCCCAGGCCCCACGCCCGCCGUGGACAGUGCGCCCAGCAGUGAGGACGAGGCCGUGGCCCCCGGCGCCCCUGUGCUGUCACCCAUCGGCGCGGCCGGGAGCGGUCUCAUAGGGCGGGUCCCCGCCAGCCCCAUGCUCGCAGACGAGACCGACCUGUGUAACGGCCAGCCGGUGGACGCCCUGACCACCCUGCGCAACGGCACGCUGGUGGCCUUCCGAGGCCACUACUUCUGGAUGCUGCGGCCCCUCAGCCCCCCCUCCCCGCCCCGGAGGAUCACGGAAGUUUGGGGCAUCCCCUCCCCCAUCGACACGGCCUUCACCAGGUGCAACUGUGACGGGAAGACGUACUUCUUCAAGGACUCCCAGUACUGGCGAUUCACCAACGACGUCAGGGACCCGGGGUACCCCAAGCCCAUCUCGAAAGGGUUUGGGGGGCUUAACGGGAAGAUCGUGGCCGCUCUCUCGGUGGCGAGAUACAAGAACAGGCCCGAAUCCGUGUACUUCUUCAAGAGAGGCGGUGGCGUCCAGCAGUACACGUACAAGCAGGAGCCAGCCACCAAGUGCUCUCGGAGAAGGGCCCCCCUCAACUACUCCGUGUACGGGCAGAUGGCCCAGGUCAGGAGACGGCGCUUCGAGAGGGCGCUGGCCCAGGCUCAGACCCACACCAUCCGGAUCCACUACGGCCCCGCGCGGGUCACGUACCAGGACAAAGGCUUCCUGCAUAACGAAGUCAAAGUGAGCACCCUGUGGAGAGGACUCCCGUCCGUCGUGACCUCGGCCGUGGCCCUGCCCAGCCUCCGGCAGCCCGACGGCUACGACUACUACGCCUUCUCCAAGGAUCAAUCCUACAACGUGGACCUGGCCAGCAGGACGGCGCGUGCCGUCACUACCCGCUCCGGGCAGACGCUCUCCAAGGCCUGGUACAACUGCCCCUAGGACGGGCCGGCGAGGCGGCGGGUGGCAGGAGGAGGAGGAGAGGAGAGGAGGAGGAGGAGGAUGCACGUCUGACUCUGAACAUGUUUAUUAAUAAAGGGCGUUGAGAUGAGCACACGGAGUUCCAUAGGAAACGUCUCUGGGCGCGGCGGGCAUCACACAGCCUGGACACGUGGCAGGCCCUCAGCUGGUGUGGCCCCUGUUGAUCCCGCCCCGCCCCCCCACGGCAUGGCU